UGACAACCUACGUGUCUUUUUCCACAGAUGUCAUCUGGGUGAUCCUCAGCGUGGAAGUUGGAGGACUUCUAGGUGUAACACAGCAGCUGUCAUCCUUUGAAACAGAGUUCAACACGCAACCGCAUCGCAAGGUAGAAGGAAACUUUAACCCCUUUGCCUCACCGCAGAAGAACAGGCAACCAGAUGAAAACAACCUAAAAGACCCUGGGGGUUCUGAGCUAGGCACGAUCAGCAAAAACACAUGGGGGCCUGCUCCUGACCAAAUCGAACAAGAUCAGAAUGGACUGUCACAAAACUCUGUAAAUCUCUCCCCCAGCAGUCACUCGAACAACUUGUCAGUAGUGACAUACAGUAAGGGUUUCCACGGUCCUUAUCCCUUCGGACAGUCUUAAAACACAAAAACACAGAACAGGUAUCGACAAGAGGAGAAUUUAACAAAGAACUGACUCUUGGGGGAAGGGAGGGGAAUUCAUGUGGCAGACAGACACAACGUGGACCCCCCCUUCUCUGCCUCUGUGUUCUGGAUAAAGAAGAAAAACCAAAAGCCCAGUAACUUAAGACUAGCUGUUUCCAGAGGAAAAUAUGAAAUCUAAGUAUGCAUGUGUGAAUGCUGGAUUUCAGGAGUGUUGUUUAAUGCUACGAGAAGGAAAAUGUACCAACACCAUGGAGUUUUUUUUUUUUAGAAAUCAUUCUCACACAUAAUUAGGUAGCUUAAAGAGAGUUUAAGAAGUGAAAAUGAAAAAGCCAUCUUUAAAAAAAAUAUUAUUUUGCCUACAGAGCGGUUGUAGUUUGAGCAAAUGUUUAAUUUCUGUUUGUUUCUUGUUGAUAUUUUUUUAAAAUAAGGGACAGCGUGCAUUUUUAUGGAACUGUCAUGUUUUGCUUGCUACUGAAUGGGAAUUUGCUUAGCAUCUUCUG